AUGAAUUUGUUAACACUUAAUAAUAUUAUUUGUUUAAAGAAUAAAAAUACUUCAAAUUUUGAUAAUGAAUUAAUUAAAAUUGAAAAUUCAUUAGAGAAAUUGCUUAAUAAUGAUUUAUCAAACUAUUGUUUUAAUAGAAAUAAUCCAUAUGAAUUUCAUAAUAAAUCUAUUAAAAUAUUUGAAAAUGAAUUUAAAAAUAUAAAACAGAAAUUUACUAUUCUAAUUAAAAAUCAUUUUAAUAAGAAAAAAGAAAAUGUUAAUUUAUUUGAUUUAGUAAUAAAAAACCAAUUUAAUAAUGAUAAAGUAUUUGAAGUUUACAAUAAGAUAGUAUUAAUUAACAUGUAUAUUUAUGAAAUUAAUUUUAUUAAUUAUAUAGAAUACUUUGUAAAAGAAUUAAAAAAUUCUUUAGAAAAAAUUUCUAUUAUUGCUAAAAAUACUGUAAAUUUACAAGAAGGUGUUUUUAAAGAUAAAAUUAGAGUUUGUGAUUUAUUGAAUUUUGAUGUUAGCUCAAUUGAAAAUAAAAUUGAAGAUUCAUUAUUGAAUGAAAUAAAAUUAAUAGUUACAUGGAUUACUAUAAAGAUUAUGUGUAAACAUUCUGGAAAAGAUCUUAAAAUUGACAUUGUAAGUGAUUUAUAUGAUGGUGAUUUUAAGUUUUCAGAUGAUGAUGAGAGUGUUAAAUAUUAUGAAAAGUUGAAAAUUUUUAAAGAAAAAUUCAUAGAAAGCAUCAUGUAUAUUGAAGCAGUUGAAACAUUAAGAGAGAUUAACAAUAAUGCUAAUUUUUAUAUCGAAUUCUUUUACUUUUUUGAAAAUAAUUCAAUGAUUUUUGAUCAUUUUUACAUUAAAGAUAAUUAA